AUGGUGGUAAUUUCUUAUGCAUCUGAUCUUGCUUCAGGACUCGGAUUUGUUUUAUUUAUAUCACAAUUGGCUAUCUAUCUUUUGAUGAGGUUCAGAAUGACUAUUGGGAAAACUAUAAUUAAGCUCAUACCUAAUCAAGUCUUAUACGUCUGCUAUGGAAUGAUUGGGAUUUUGCUCUUAAAUUCCCUAUAUCUCUCAUACCAGACAAACACAGGAUAUUAUCAGGCAUUAUUAUUUUUUGUCCUUGUCGUCAUGCUAGGCUAUAACCACGAUUAUUGCGUAAUUUGGGACGAGCUUGAUCUUACAGCUCAAAAGCUUGAAAAUCUUAAAAUUCAUGCAGAAGUGCAAGCUGAUGAAUAUGUAAAAGCAGUUAACCAAGAAAUUCCAUUAGACAAAAUGAUGGCAUCUCAAGCCAAAAAAGCAUCUGAAGAAAUAAUCACAAGCACUGAAGAUAACGAAAUUCCUAUUAAAGAUAAAGAUUUGUAG